AUGCCAUUGAAUCCGAGAGACGAAGGUGCCAACAAGGGAGUGAAGACCAGGGCUCAACGUGCUGCAGGAACAACGGACGUGGAAGAAGGCGCCUCGCCCACAUCAGGACACGCUCACAUCGGAACAAGCUCCGUGGAAGUUUCAGUAGUACAUGGAUUAAGAGCCAAAGUCAUACUGGAUUUGACGCAUGUACUCUUUGAACUAUGCUCCUUGUGGAGCUUUUACAACGAGGCUACAUUCGAAAUACUUUGCCAGACUUCACAGCGAAUCGAAUUGAAUUGGCCUUGA